AUGACAGGAACUUACUUUUUUUUUAUUUCUAUUGACUUUGGUUCGCCCGCCCACUUGUAUAGCCGCAGCUCCAGUACAACUAUCUCCCAUUAUAAUACUCUUUCUUUCCCCAUCUCUCUUUUUCUUUCUUCUUCGUUCCCUCUCUCUUCAAAGUCUGCAUUUCUUUCCACUACCCGUUUUCUGAUCUCUCGACAAUCGUUUAACUUUAUACCGCAUUUCGCACAUGUUCCCGCCAUCCGCAUAUUUUCCCGCCAUCCACAUAUUUUUCCGCCAUCCGCACAUUUUCCACUACGACAGAUCCUUCUCCUUGCCACCACGAUUAGCACUUUUACUUCGAUUAUACGGAAAGAUUUUCACACGCCUUUUCAAAAAUAUUCUCCCUCACUCAUUCUCCUUCUGAUUGCUUUUUCUCUUUCUUCUCAUCUCUUUUGCAUUCAUUUAAUAUAUCUCUCUCCCUCUCUCUCCCUCUCUCUCUUUCUUUUUGUCUGA